GUCUGAGCCACCAUUGUUGUCGCCAUCUAGAUUCCUGGAGUACACACCGCUGGAGCACAAUCAGGCCAUAAUCUUCACUCGUGGUUCAUUUCCCUGUCACCCACUGGAAGAGAUUCCGAGGCCAGACGUUAUUGCCGUUUCCGAUUGGAUUGAUUCGCCACUUGCUUUGUUUGCUUUCUGAGUUCCAGCCAUGACUGAAGUCUCGUCUACCCGACUCUAUCUCGGGAACCUUCCCCGCAAUGUAACUAAGCAGGACAUCGAGGAGCAUUUCAGCACCCAUGGUUCCGGAAAGAUCACAGAGAUCAAACUGAUGAAUGGCUUCGGCUUUAUCGAGUACGAAGAUGCGAUGGAUGCUCGAGAUGUUGUUCCCGAUGGCAGCGAUUUCAAGGGCGAGCGACUCACCGUGCAAUUCGCGCGGGGUCCCCGUCGCAAGGAAAAUUUCCCAGGCCCGAUGGACCGUCCCAACAUGCCUCGCCCCCGCCGCACAAUCUUUCGCAUGUUGCUUUCUGGACUCCCGGAAACAAGUUGGCAGGACCUGAAAGACUUUGCCCGUCAGUCUGGCCUUGAUGUGGUAUACUCCGAGACCGGUCGUGAGCUCGGCAGAGGGUUCGUCGAGUUUGAGACUGCGAACGAUCUGAAAACUGCCGUCGAGAAGCUCGACCAGCGCGAGUUCAAAGGGUCCCGCGUGACAUGCAUCGCCGAUAUUCAGAACUACCCACCGGAAGACCGUUCUUUCCGUGAUCCCUACCGGUCGCGAUCCCCUCGCCGGAGCUUCCCCCCUAUGGAGGAAUACGACCGCAGAUUCCCUGCACCUCGUGGCUACAGUCCGCGGGCUCAUUACCGGGAACGGUCUCCUAUCCCCAUCCGCCGGGAAUACUAUGAACGGGAUGGCUACGGACGCCGGACGCCUCCUCGCCCUCGGAUUGACGACUAUCCUCCUCCGCGUCGACCCUAUGAGGACCCGUAUGAUGUUCGUCCUCCGCCUCCACCCCGGCACUAUGAUGACCCCUACAUGCAAGCCAGAGCCUACCCUCGUCCUCGGAGCCCUCCACGGGGCGAGUACAUGCCGUACGAACGCCGUGGCUACUGGUAGAGGGUCGAUUGUUGUUGUUUGAUUGUGCUUCACCAAGUGCAUGGCGGAUACCCACUGUGCUUUCUGAUUGACCUCUAUUCAAUGCGUGGACUGUCUCACUUUGCGCUUUCCCUUUACUGGUUCCAGGAAUAAUCCGACUCGGUCACCCUCGCUUACACUCCUGGACUGG